CCUGCCGUAAUACGUCAGCUGCAAAUGAUCACGUGACUCGCGUCAAUUGCAGCGCUUCGGUCGCGACAGUCCGUAAGAUAUCUGUUGAAGGCUGGUUCCGCAGUCAUAACAUUUGGAAAUAUCGUUGGAGGAGCUUUUCCUCCGGUCCUGACCGGUCCUAAUCAAAGAAGCUGACAGAGCUUUCAUUCGGACCCCCGUUGCCUCUUUUAAAAUGCUUAUUGACAAAACAGUAAUCCAAAUUCUUUUUGUAGUCGAUUCUGCUGGAGACUCCUCACAAUCUGCACUGAAUCGCCCUCCUUUGUACUCGACACGGCGAAAGACUUUGAGUAGCACAGCCGAGCAAUCUUUAGAUAAGAAGUCACUGAAAUCUCCACGAAAAGGAAAGGCAUCCCCCCGCAUUAAAGAACAAGAGGAGGUGAAACAAACUUUUCCGGUUACAUUUCAAACUCCAGAUAAGACAUCUACGAUGUCCCCUCGAAAACACAAAGCUUCCCCCCAGGUUAAAGAUGAGGAUGCGAAACAAACAUCUUCAAUUAUUCAAAGCCCGACCAAAUGCAAAGCUAGGAAGCGAGUGUGUGCCGUUGAGCCUGUCCCAGAGGGUACAGUGGUUUGUGACCAGUCCAGCAAAAAGUGGAAGCUGGUUGAACUUCUGUGGCAAACUGAAUUAGAUCUGACAUAUGCAGUCUGCCAGGCCAAUCAGCAUGCAGACUCAAAUGAUUGCAAGUAUAUGUUGCGACUGGGGGCUAAAGAGGGACACCUGUUUAAUGAGCAGAACUUUCAUCUGAGAGCAGCCAAACCUGAUGCUGUGGAGAAAUGGUUGAAAUUGCACAAAUUGGACUUCCUUGGGAUUCCAUCCUGUGUAGGGUUCGGUCUUCAUGAAGCAUACAGGUUUUUAGUUUUUCCUAGCAUGGGUCAUACUCUACAGACAGUCAUGGAUGAAGGGAAUGAUACUCUGUCUGAGAAAGCUGUGCUCCAGCUUGCAUUGCGACUAUUGGAUGCACUGGAAUUCAUCCAUGAGAAGGAAUAUGCCCAUGCUGACAUCCAUGCUGGAAAUAUUUACAUCAACGCUGACAGCCACACAGAGGUUUUCUUGUCAGGCUUUGGCCUUGCAUUUAGGUUUUGCCCUGGUGGAAAUCAUGUGGAGUACAGACAGGGUAGCCGCACCGCACACCAGGGUAACAUCAACUUCAUCAGCGUGGACUCUCACAAGGGAGCUGGUCCCUCUCGUCGUAGUGACCUGCAGUCUCUGGGUUACUGUAUGCUGUACUGGAUGACAGGCUCACUACCCUGGAGUCAGCUCUCUCAUACAAGCUCGGCCAUUGCUGCAGAGAAGGAGAGGUAUAUUUCUGAUAUCGCUGGACUUUUGAGUGGCCAUUACAAACAGAAGAAAGCUUCAGGUGCUUUACAAAAAUACCUGUCUAAUGUGAUGAGCCUGCAGUAUACUGAGAAACCAGAUUACACACUUCUGAAAGCUGGGCUUCAUGAGAGCUUACAGAAGAUGGGUGGGAGUCUGAAUGAAUCCCUGCAUUUGUAGGUGAAACCAUACUGACAAGAGUUGACAGGUGUGGAAUGUGGAUUUAAUGGUCUUAUGGAAUGUUUCAGAAAGCUUUAAUGUUUUACAAGCAACUUUUAUUACAGUUUUUACAAUGAUAUUGCUGUGUGCGUGUUUUCUCUCAUAGGUCGAGUUUUAAUCACUGUGAUUUAUUAGUAGUAGUUGUUGUUUUUUAAAUAAGAAAACAAUGUUUAUUUGUAAGGAUGACUUUUUUUUUAAUACAAAUCAUUUCUCCCCAUUACAUUUCAUGCGAUCAGUGAAGGUAAAGGUUUUGUUUUAGGUUUACACUUUUGGCAAGAGCAUGUUCAUGUUAUAAAGGUUAUUAUUUUUAGUAUUUUACGCUUUUAAAAGUUGUAUUGUACCUUACUAAAAAUAAUAAAAAAACAGUACCCAAAAA